GCCAGGUGCGUAUUACUCCAAUCGUGUUGAGAGAUGCGACAAAAUGGCGCGCACAUUAAACUAUUCCUUUGUAAGUCUUGGUAUUCGUAUUGAAAGAGCAGUCGCCGUUGACGCUGGGAUACGUUUCAUCCCCAAAACCGAAGACGAUUAUCGCAGGAUAAUCCGUUUUUCAAAGAGGAAAACAUUCAUCACACUUUCCCUUUGCCCACUGAACGCAACAUCCAUGCGGUUAUCAGAGGUAUACCAGCAUCAACCACCGAACAGGAGGUCAAAUAUGAGCUAGAACAGAAGGGUUACGCUCCCUUUCACAUCAUUCGCCUAAAGCGCAACGGCGGCGUGCCCAUGCCCUUGGUGGUGGUGAUCCUGCCAAGUGUUCAACGAGCACUAAUUGCUGGGGCUCUCUAUCAGAGUCGAAGUUCAGAA